ACCUCCUACCGGUAAAUUUGGAAUGGUCAAUGAGUUUUUUUUACAAGAAGGUUCAACUCCACUGAAGAUAAUUAAAAAGUGUUAUUAAAUAUAAGAGGUUUAAAGUCUGGAUUUAUGUAAGCGAAAGAAUUAGUUUUUACAACUUUAAACAUCCAUGUAAAAACGUUAUUGCAUUGCGUUACAUUUCAAAGGGAAAUCCCGAUUCAAGUUUAUUGUUGGAACAUGGCGGCUUCAGUUCAAACGUGUUAAGGAAUACACAAACCAGGUGUAAGGAUAAAAGUUUUAAAUUAUGAAGGAUAUUCCAGGAUAAGAUAUCGAAAAGUUAUGCCGUUAGCAGAAAGGGUGAUUGAACCCUCUAAUUUAGGAGAACACCCUUUAAAUCUACGAGAAAGUGGGGAUGGGGAAGUGCAUAUUACACUUUCUACGAAUUGUUUGGUUGGAGCUUUAUAUCAACUAGCCAGUAUAGUUAGACAAGCGGAUGAUAUUUUCUGUGACAUUUCAGAUGAAUGCCGAAAAGUGUUAGAAAGAACUGAAAAUAUAAAUAAAAAGAUAGUUCAUAUUCAGCACCAUGUUGAUAAUUUGGACGCUAAAACUGUCAAAAUUCCUAUUGGUGACCUUUCUGCAUAUAGUCGAGUCGAUGACCAUCACACUGCCAAACAUGGUUUUGAAAUAAACUUAUUCACAGAAGACAGUCGCCCACAUUGUAUAUCAGAUAGAUACCAUACUGCCAAUCAAACACCGGCAUGUAAACUUAGAGGGGCGGACUUGUACAGGAAAGAUGGCUUAUGUACGGAAAGCUUAUUCAGGAUAUGGCCAGUUGUUCUUAAUGAACAUAAAGUUAGAACUCCUGAUCUUAAUCUGCCAAGAAAGAUGCAGUCAGUAUUUACGUUUGAGAAAAAGUACAAAAAGCUGAAAACUCGACCAAAAACUAUCACAAGUUUGGAUGAAUUAUAUAAAGAAGAAGAAAAGAAGGACCAGGAAAAAGAACAACCAUAUGAUGUCCCUAGGUUCCCACCUUCUGAAAAAGUUUCUAUUAACACAUCUGGACACAGCUUUGAAAAAAUGGAAUCAUUUAGGCAAGCACUGCUACAUAUUGAAAGGGAAGAUGCAAAGAAGAAAAAGAAACGAAAAAGUAUUUCUGGUGUACCUGAAGAUAUAAUGAAGGAAAUAGAAAAGUUUGAAAGAAAAAGAAAAAGUACAAGUGGUCACGAUGUUAAAGAUUAUUUGUUUGAUGAUUUAGAUGUUGCAGUUGAUCAAGUAGACAGGGAUGAAAACAUGGCUAAAUACUUUGAUGAAAUUGAUGCAAAAAUUGAAGAUAGAAUUGAGGAAGAAGUUUUAAUGAAGGAAAGAAAAAUAAUGAAGUUUCUGCCAUGUAAACGUUCAAAAUCACUACCUCGAUGUGUAAGAUUAUACAAACCCCACGAAAAAAGACAGUCAGUUGUUAGCAAUAUAAAUGCCCAAGGAAGUUCAUUGAGUCUGGCUAGUAAUGGGACAUGUGCAAGUCGAAUAUCACGUUCAACGAAAAGAUCCAGUAUCAUUAGCAACAAGAUCAAAAUACUGGUCAAUGGAAACAAUGCAAAAUCACCAAACAGUGAUAAAACUCGACCUCGACCAAAGUCUUUAGAUUUAGAUGCAAUAGACUUCAAUGAUGAUAUGGCCAGGUCAAAUUUAGCACGUUCUAAAAUGCCAAGUAUGCCUGAUGGUGUAUUUAAUAACACAACUGCCGAAAUGAGAAGAAAUAUUGGUCCAGGUAGUUACUAUUGUUAUGAAAGUAAUACCCUGCCAAGGAGGCAGACAAGAAGAUCUGAAUCUCCAUGGGAAUAUCUGCCCAAAGACUGGACAAGUUCUGUCAAAUUAAGGGAGAUAAACAAAGGAAGAUCAAAGGAGGAUAGACAGUCAUCGUCUGGUCAUUGGAGUGGCACCAAUAGUAAUCGACAUUCUCUAGACUCUGAUAAUGUCAAGUCUGAUAUAAUUCCACAUCAAACAUCUCAGAUCUCUUUGGGACAAGAUUCUGGUCGUGGUUCACCUUUACCUCAGGAUGACAGGGGAAGCACUGAUACAAAUGAUGGUUAUAUUGGUGACGGAGGAAGCACAGUAACAGACGGCACAUCUAUACAGGAAGGAAAACUAGACACAGAUCUAUGGUUACGAUCUCUAGCUAUCAGAGCUGCUCAUAGAGAUGAAAUAUCAACUAGUAGUGCUGAAACCUUGAAUUCUUUAACUAAACUAACGAAGCAAAACAUUGAAGCUUUAGAUCUGAUGAUGUCUCCGUCACGUAGGAAACCUAGAAAUUUCGAAGAUGAAGAGUGUUCUGAAUAUUCUGUAGACCAAGAAGGCUUCUAUACCUCUUUUCAUAAUGAUAGUGGAUUACGAAAAAGUAGUGCAACUCUGGUUGAUGAAGAUGACCUUUCACAUAGCAAGGAUUCUCAUAGUGUAUGUAGUUUUGACAGUGUUAUUCAUAACCCAGACUUGGACAAGCAUGCUGGAAUAAAAAAGAAUGCAAACUGUAAAACACUCAAUAAAGUAACACCGCCAAAACCACCAAAAAGGACAAGUUCUAUGUCUUCUGUUAAUUCUAAAUCUCAGUCCACAGAUAUUUCUCCAGGAGGUAUCAGUAGACAAGACUCUAUGUUCUCAGAUACCGACCAAGAGACAUUUUUUCAGAGAGUUGAGGACAAGACAAAAAUUUCUGCUCAUGGAAUUCCUUCAUUAUGUACACUUACAAGUGAUGACGAUUCAAUUCUGGAAAAAGGAGAUGAUACUAGUCCUACAAUGCAUAUGUAUAACAAAGAUUCAUAUAAAAGUCUUGAUUUGAAUCAGAAUUUUCCAAAUCCUGGACCACCAAACUCUUUCUCAUUUUCGCAAAUUUCUGAAGGAAAGAGUUUUCAAGAUGGGUCCUCCAUGGAUGGGAUCUCAGUUUUUACCAUUAAUUCAGAUCAGUCAACAUUAAACUUUAGUAAACCAGAAAUACAUGAUUGCAGAACAUUACCAAGACAGUGUUUGUCAACUAAAGACAAUUCUGAAUAUACAAAAUCCUGGCCAAGAUGUAACAAAAAGGAGGAAACUAAGUCAACUUUAUCUAGCAUUUUGAAAAACAGUGAUAAUUCUUUGCAGCCUAAGAAAUCUCUCUAUGUUUCUCCUACCUUAAAUUUUGUUAGUCCAAACAUUCAUCAGGAAAAGGGAACAGAACAGCUACCAAAAGAAGAAACCAAAAGUGCUUCUAAAGAAGAGCUGGAAAAGAUGGGAGAUAACUCUAGCUACAUGUUAUCUAUCCCUAUGGCUGAUGAUUGUAAAGAAACAAAAUCAAGGGAUUUACCAAUUAAAUAUCAGCCAGUGUUGGUGGUGAAGCCUGGAUUUGGUAAAAUAGAUUCUAGUAAUACACCAAGUGGAAAGCAAUUAAUAGAAACAAACACAGUGAAAGAAAGUAGUUUUGCCAUCACUGGCAACCCAAAAAUGAACAUGAAAGACAAUAUGUCUGAAAAUUCAACAUUUUUCUCUAGCUUUUCUGGGAGUAUAAAUUCUAUUAGCUCUGACUUAAGUAAUGCAGAUAGUUUAACAUAUGUGAGCAGAACAAGUAAUUGUAGUUCUCCAAAUCUGUCACAUAUGGACAUCCCUGCUGUUCUAACUCCAACUGGCUCUGUGGAUUCAUUAAUGGAUACAACCAACAAAUACAGCGAGUCUAUUGACAAUUCAAAUCUGAGUACUACCAUGGAAACAGUAGCUAUAACAACAAACACUUCUUCAUUUAAUAGCACAACAGGUGAUAUACAGACACCAUUCAAGACAUUUUCGGGUGAAAUGAUUUCUACUCCAUUUUUUACAUCCACUCCAUAUACAUCAUCUGCAGGAAUGCCAAAUAGUGCCACUCACCUUGAAGAAUCACCAGUCUCAUACAAACAUUCUGAAUAUCAGCCAAAACGUAUGCAUUCCUCUCAGUCAUUCCCUUCUGAUAUGAAAAAUGCAAUUCAAAAUGACAAUGUCAGUAAUAAAAGACAUUCAAUAGGAAAUAAAGCACAUCCUGUUGUUAAUUUAAAUCAUUUAGAGGAUUCAGAUCCAUCUAAUGCUGCAGUGUCCAGCAGGACUGACUCUUAUCGUGUUGCCAUGGUAAAUCCAGCAAGAAGUGGUUCAUAUAGAGUAGCAAUGAAUGAAAACUCAAGUUAUCCCUCAUUUAAUAAUAUGAGCAGAAGAUCAACGACCCCAAGAGUUAAUGUAACUAAUCAAAUGAUCUCCCAAUCUAAAGAUCAACAACCAUCACAAAGAUCAAAUAAUCAACAGACAUUGUCUCAUUCCCAGUCAUAUCAAGGACAUCCUACAACUGGAGGUCAGUCUAAAGACCACUCAUUAUUACAUCAGCCACUUGAUCAUCAGUCUUUAUCUUAUUCUAAAUCAUAUCAAGGACAUCCUACAACUGGAAGUCAGUCUAGAGAACAACCAUCAUCACAGUACUCAAAUCAUCAACAAACUCCGUCACAUUCUCAGUCAUAUCAAGGACAUCCUGGAGGUUCAGGUAAAGGUAGAUAUAACCCUCUGUAUGCAUCCUCAGCUGAUGCUGUCAAAACAAGUCAAUUGUCUCAUAGUAGCAGACAGUCUCAGAAUAAAGAUCAGAGAAACAAGCAGCCAUUGCAAAGUUCUCUUCAGCAAACAAAGCAACCCUCUCCUUCUGCAGGUCACCGAAAAACACAACCAGUGAAUACAGACAAAAAACUGGCAGUCUCACAGAAUAGCCAAGGAAAAUAUCAAAAACAACCUGUUAAACCUGAACAACAGUCAAAAAAGACAAAUUAUGUAAACAAAGCAAGUCCAAGAUUAAAUCGAAGUGACCCAGUGCCACAAGACAGAAUAUCAGUGAAAACAAAUGUAAGAGAGAAUCAUAGUACAUCUGCUUUAAAUACUAAUGAACAAUGUCGAACAGAGUCCUAUCGAGUAGCGUUAGGGACAAGUUAUGAUAAUCCUGCUAGAAAUUCAUCAUAUCGUGUGGCAGUUAAAGAUACAGAUCCACUUAUUCAUGACAACCGACUUGAUGUUAUCGACUCUAUCAUGACAGGUGGUCGUGAUUCAAGAAGAAUGGGAAUUACAAACAUUGAUCAGGUCAAAAAUACAAAAUCAGACUCUGAGAGUCAGAAACAACAAGUUGUCCGGAGACGUAAACCAGAUGUUGAUCCAAUAUCUGUACUAUCAGAUCGGGAAAGUAAUUCAGGUAAAACAAAUAAGAAUCGUUUUAGUACAUCAUCUACCUUCAUUCAGUUUGAUCCAAUAUCCGAGGAUUGGGAGUUCAUGAUGAAUUCAUCUGAUACUCUGAGUAAUGGAUCGGAGAGAGAACUAAUGGAUCAGGGAAACAGUCAUUCAAUGGAUGCCACUAAAACAAAUGCAAUGUCUGGGACUAAAUCGAAUCAAGAAAAGAAUUCCUCAUCUUCAUUGCUUGGAAGUAUUAAAAGUACACUGAAAUCAAUGUCAGGAAAACAGUCAAAAGAUUUCCAAGAUGAUGGACGAUUUUCAAUGGUGUAAUUUAUAUAUCUUCUUUGAACAUUAAUAUAUACAGAUCAAAUUAUUUUUUAAGGGAAUGCUGAACAAAAAUAUGCAAAAUGAUGUUAAUAUUUUUUUCUUUUUGUUAAGAUUGAACAACUAUCCUUACUUACUAGUAUUAGCUUUUAUUUUUGAUUUGGAGAAAUUUAAAGAAAAAAUUGUUGUUACAUGCUGACAAUUAGAUAAUUAAUUGAAAAUUAAGAUUUGUUUACUUUUGAUUUUCUUGCAAAUGUCACCCUGUAGUAAUACCUUAGAUUUUCAAAAAAAGACUACUGUUGCCAAAUAAUUGAAUAUUCUUACAGUAUUGAUAAAUCCAUGCAUAUUCAAAAGCACCUUUGCAGUUACCAAAUCAAUGUACCUGUUAAAGGAUUUUCCUAAAAAUUGUGCGUACUGUUUGUUUUCUGUAACUUAUAUAUUUUAAAGAUAUUGAAUGUUAAGAAUAUGUACAUUUGAGUACAAUUGUUUUGAAUCUCAAGUUUUUGAAAAAAUUUGUUUUGAAAUAUAGAAGUGUGAAUUGUUGAAAAUAAUGUUUCUGUAUAUUUACUGGUAUGAAUAUACAUUGUAUAUUAUACGGAAUCUUUAAGGUGGUACCUAACACUUUCACUAAAAUUAAUUUGGCUCAUUUAAUUUUCAUAAAAUUUUGUCAAAGUAUUUACUUUAACACUUAAACAAAAAUAUUUAAAGUUUUAAAAAUUUUGAACCAACCGUUUUGUCAGAAAAAUUACACUGGUUAUAUAGCAAUUUGACAAACACCAAUUUUGAUCAUUGAGAAGCUUAAUAUUCCUUUUAUAACACAACGUAAUUAAAACGUUUAGCUGACUUUACAGAGUUAUCUCCCUGUAGUGUUAGGUACCACCUUAAAUACUAUAAUUUUAUUUUUCAUUCUUUUUCCCAAAAAAAAAUCUGUUUUGAAGUAGUGGUUAUAAACAUUUUAACAGAGUACAUGUACUAUAAAUGCAUUACUGAUGUACUGUUUAAUUAUUUAAGGUACUUUUUUUUUAUUGAAGAAGAUGAUUUUAGUGAGAACAUACUUUUAAGACUGUUUCAUUUGUUUUAUGUUGUUUAUUUAAGAUACAAGUGCCAUAUGUUAUCAUUCCAGGUUUUAAUAUUAUUAUGAAGUCUUAUGCAUUUAAUUUUUAUCAUUUACAUAUGGAAGAUUGUUUUCAAAUUAUCAUUAAAGUUGAACAUUGGUUAUACUGAUGUAACUUUAAGCUUUAACUACGUUUUUCUAACAAUAAUAACAUUUGAAUGUACAUUAAGUUAAAUUCAAUGUAUUAGCAUUGGUAUCAAAGGAAUUCAUUAUUAUAUUAAUAUGGAUGUAAAUAGUGAUAUAUAAAGGAUUGUAAACAUUGCAGUUGUACAGGUUCCUUAUCAUGGUGUACAGUUAUAAAUACAUAUAUCUUUGUUACAAAUUAUUGUUAUAUCUUGACAUAAUCGUCUAAGUCAACAGAUUUUUCAUUCAUUGUACAAAAUCACUUUGUAUUUAUAAAAUUGACAAAACAAAUGGCAGCAAUCAUAAUAACAUUCAUUCCUUGUUUUAGUUAUUUCAAAUUUUGUCUUGUUCUUGUUCAUCACACAUAGUUACCAUUAGAGCUUAAGACUACUAUUAUUAACAGCAAGAGUAUGUAUUGUAUUGUAUAUCUUUGAGAAGGUAGAUAAUCCAUAUGAAUGGACAUUUAAAAAAAAAGGGAGAUUUCUUGUGCUUUGCACAAAUUGACUUAAAUCAUAAAUUUAUUUUCUUAUUAAAGGAAUAUGAGAAAAAGGUUUAAGCUUGCAUGGAUAUUUGGGUAUUUUACAUAACUUUGUGCAAGACAUUAUUUGAAACAUUUUUUUUUGGUUCUCAUGUUGAAUAAUUGUACAUAUAUAAAGCAGAAAUUUUUAUUUUCAUAUUUAUAUGUUUUGUUGUUUUCUAUAAAAUAUGUUUUUUUUUGGUGUGUUUAUACACAAUUUAUUUUAAAACAACCAAUUUAUUGGUGUAAUUUUUAAAGAUAAGGAUAAAAGUUCAUAAAAUUGACACAAAAACCUCGCACAAAUUUCUUUCCAUAUGAUUAAAAAAGGUUAAAGGGAGGAAAAUGUGAUGCCAUAUUAUUUUAUCUUUGGAGUUUAUAUAUUGAAUUAUGUAAGGAGACUUCAUCCUCAAGAACUAUAAACAUUUAAGAAAAGAGAAUAAAUUUUUUAGAAUGAAAGGAGAAAUUCAGUUUAUUUCUUUUUGGUUUGUAAUGAUCUGUAAUGGAAGUAUUCAAUCAAAAUAAAAAAAAAAAGACAGAAUAAUUAGUAAAUAAUAUUUUUCUUUGAAAAAAUGAUAAAUGUUUUAUUUAUUGGAGAUCAAUCAAUUUCUUGUCAAUUUAAAAGUACAUCCCCUUGUUGAUAAAGUAAAAAGUAAGAAGUGGGUGUACGUAAUUUACAUUUUGUAAGUAUAUUAGUCAUCAACGCUUGCUUUCAUUUCACUAUUAAAACUCAAAUGAAUCAAAAUAUGCCUUACAGCAUUACUACAAACUGCAGCAGUUUAUCAGUUCAUCAGUAUUGCCAAAAUUAUGCAACAUUGUGUUAUACCUGUAAGCAGACAUUGACAUUGUAAAUAUUUUGUAAGUGCUUUAUGAUUUUGCUGUGUUAAGCUUAUAUAGUCUCUUCACAUGAAACUGUAGUGCAAUCUUAAUCUGCUUUUAUGUGGAUAAAUAAAAUAUUUUAGAUAA